AUAUAGGAUAUUCCAUUGUCAGAUUUUAGGUAUGUCAGCAUUGAAAGAAGGCCAAUACCGUUUCGACCAAUCAGAUUCAAGAAACGUGGAGGUGCGGUCACAAGCGUGAAAAUUGUCAACAGAAAAAGAUCAGAACACAUUUGCAUAACAUUCAGAACAAGACAGAUUACAGUACCAAAAAUCAUGUCUGAAUGCCCAAUAUCACAGAACGGAAUCGAGAGGAACAGUCCAUUCCGCAAAUGGCAGAGGCCAGAUUUACCAAGUCGGUGCACAUACCAUGAUGCCAAAUCUAUUUCUGAAUCCCCACAUCGCCAUGUUAAAGUGACAGGGAAGCCCGCUAUAAUGUCAACAAUUUUAGACAACAUUGGUAACACACCACUCGUACGUCUCAACAGAAUUCCCAAGUCCGCUGGACUGCAUUGUGAAGUCUUGGCAAAAUGUGAGUUUUUUAAUGCUGGAGGCAGUGUGAAGGACCGUAUUGGACUACGGAUGGUUGAAGAUGCAGAAAAGGCGGGAAUACUGAAACCUGGAGAUGUUCUUAUAGAACCAACUUCAGGAAAUACAGGUAUUGGUAUGGCCCUGGCUGCCGCAGUGAAAGGUUACAGAUGUAUCAUUGUAAUGCCAGAAAAAAUGAGUAUGGAGAAGGUGGAUGUAUUGAGAGCCCUAGGUGCAGAGAUUGUGAGAACGCCCACUAGUGCAGCAUUUGAUUCACCAGAAUCUCACAUUGGUGUUGCCAAGCGACUUAUGGAAGAAUUGCCAAACUCGCACAUUUUGGACCAGUACCGUAAUGCCAGUAAUCCACUGGCCCAUUAUGAUGGCACUGCCGAAGAGAUUCUUCAGGCUUGUGGAGAUAAAGUAGACAUGGUUGUUUUGGGAGCAGGAACUGGUGGCACUUUGACCGGUAUUGCUCGCAAGUUUAAGGAAAGAUGUCCCAAUUGUAAGAUUAUUGGUGUUGAUCCCGAGGGUUCAAUCCUUGCCGAGCCCAAUGAGAUAAACAAGACGUCAGUGACAGGUUAUGAGGUGGAGGGAACUGGGUAUGAUUUCAUACCAACAGUGCUAGAUAGAACAUUUGUUGAUAAAUGGUACAAGUCAACUGACCAACCGUCAUUCCAGAUGUGUAGACGUCUUAUAAGGGAAGAGGGUCUACUGUGUGGUGGAAGUAGUGGAGCUACUAUGUACUGUGCCCUACAAGCUAUGAAAGACUUUGGAUUAAAAGAAGGUCAGAGGUGUGUGGUGCUGUUUGCAGAUUCUGUGAGGAACUACAUGUCCAAGUUUCUGUCAGAUGAUUGGAUGAGCCAAAGAAACUUCCUCCAAUUAGAUACCGGUGAUGCCAGCAUGAAUUCAUGUCAGUCAAAGUCAUGGUGGUGGAAUUUGAAUGUGAGUGCAUUGAAACUGCAGAGUCCUCUAACAGUGACGCCAAAUGUUACGAUAAGUGAAACACUAGAACUUCUAAACAAAGAAGGAUUUGAUCAAGUCCCUGUGGUUGAUAGAGAUGGCGUUAUCCAAGGUAUGGUGACAGUAGGAAAUAUGAUGGCCCAGGUUGUGAAAGGAAAAGUUCAAAAGUCAGAUCCGGUUUCCAAGGCUAUGUAUAAACAAUUCAAAAUGGUACAGAUGAACACAUCGUUGGGUCAGUUAUCACGUAUGCUGGACACUGAUCACUACGUUCUUGUUGUUCACGGGCAGAAACAAUAUGAGGGAGAAAGCAAGACUACACAGAGACAGAUGAUUUUUGGGAUAGCAACGAGAAUUGAUCUCCUGAACUUUAUCACUGAAAACCAGCCAUUGAUGGGCCAAUGAAUGACAAGCUUACAAAAUAAACCUAAUUCUAACAGUGACUCAGCAAAAUUGAAAAGAUGUUAUAAAAGAAUUGAUUUGAUUGGUUUGAUGAUGUCAUGUUUGAUGAAUGUUAAUAGUUAUACAUUUGGAUUAAUUGAAAAAUUUACUUAUUCAGAUAAAAUUUUGUUUAAUUCAUUUGUAAUAUAUUUUAUUGCAAUAGAAAUUUUGGGGUAUUCAUUGAAUUAUUACUUGAAACUUAGAGCCAGAUUGUUAUAUAAAACUCUUGUUUAAAGUUGUUGCUCUUCUUUGAUUUCAUUAUUGACACCUUCAUUUAUUGCACCUAUUUUAAAAAAAGGUUUAAAUGCAAAGGGUUUAAAUACAAGAAAGACAAUUUUACGUCUGCUUCCAAAUGUUUUUAAAGGGGCCUUCAGCUUUUCUAAAGGUAAAAUAUCCUAUUUUAAGAGAAAUUGUUUCAUAUAAUUGUCAUAUCAAGGAAUAUACGUGUAAAAUGAAAUUUGUUGUAGAUAAAAUACAUGAACAAGAAGGACACCCCUUGAUACCGCUUAUUUACUUGUCUGCUCUCUUUAUUUAAAAAGUAAAGCAGACAGUUUGUUUUCCAAUCUUUUUUUUAAAAAAAACGCACGUCAGUGCAAGCUUUUAAAAGAUAGCUCUUGACACGCUGUUUUGGAGAAGGCUUAACAGAGAUAUGGUGCACUUUUUCCUAGGUAUUAUAACUAAAUUGCUUAGGUUGAAACAACACAAAAUCAUUUUUCCAACAGAAAAUAAAAGCUGAAGGCUGCUUAAAAUGUUUAUGCUCAAACCUAAAUAAGAUUAGUAUAGGAGUAUAAUAAACAGUCACUUAAUUACUAGUCGAACACAAUUUUAACUAUGGGUAUAUUUUACAUUAUUAUUUUUUGGGGAAUUGACUGUAGGGAUAGUCAUCAUUGGGUAUUGGUCUAACAUACAUGUACAUUAUAUCAUGCUUAAGUAUACAGUUAAUGGUCACUAAGGGUCAUGCUUCAAGUACAUGUAGAUAUAACCUUUGUCUUGUUUGUUACAUAUUUUACAAUGCAUAGCUUUUGUGUGUAAAGAACAUUGGACUGUUUGUGUAUGUGUGGAUAUUGUUUUAACUCGUCUUAUGCUCAAUAUCUUAAAUUGACUUGCCUAUCUUUCAAUUUCUGGAGAACAACAAAACUGGAAAAUUAAGUGAAAAUUAGUAAGACUUGACAGCAUAUUGCCAACAAGUAAACUUUUUGGAAACUGUUACAAGACAUCAAAAAAUAAAAUUGCUUUUGAAAUGAAAAUAAAGAAAAUAAAAAUUUUGAAGCUAAAUUGAGCAUUUAACUUAACUUGAAAAUAAGGCCUGCAAAUAUCAAUGAAAAUGAUAGUCAUACUUGUUUGCAUGUUUAAGUUUUGUAGAAGAUUGAUUGAAUUUGUUCUACUUGUGUAUAACAGGACUAUUAAGUAAUUCUAUUUUUAGAUAAAACUAUCAUCCGGUGAAUAAGGGAAAGAAGAGUUGUCUUCCUUUAACAAUCACUGUGAUUUUCUAGAAAAAUUUGCUCAUUUUUUUGCAUAGUGUAUUAUUGAAUUAUUGUAUUAUUAAACUUUUUUUUAAAAAAUGACAGCUAUGUGAUGUGUUAAUUGUUUAAUGUUUUUGCAGCUAUCUGAAAGAUAAUGGACCAAUAAUCAAUUUUCUUUGAUUGAUUGUGAACAUGUAUUUGUAAAAUAUUUUUUAUUAUUUGUGCUAUUGAUAAAAAGUGCUAUGGCUCUGUUUAAAUGUGAUAUGAAUAGUUUAUCAUUAUAUGACAGUUUGUGAUGUUUCUUCAAGGGCAAAUUAAGUAGAUUUUUGGGCGUUUUUAUCAUCUAAAGGAAACGCAUAAUUGUGAUUUAUCAUGUUUUAAUAAUAAUAUCCUCAAGUAAGAAUCUUGUUACCAAGUAAGGGUCUUGUUACCUCAAGUGAGGGCAUUGUCUUGUUACCUCAAGUGAAGAUCUUGUCCUGUUACCUCAAGUGUGGGUCUUGUUACAAAGUAAGGGUCUGUCUUGUUACCUUAAGUGAGGCUCAAUGCCACUUUGCAAGUGCUUAUCAUAUAAUUGGAAACUAGCUUUAAUUUUGUGAUUAUUAUUUAGAAAAUUGAAAAUGACUUUGAAUAUAGAUUUGUGAUAUUUUGUACACAUUGGUUUUGGUUAUUUACACUAUUGAAAAUUGUUAGAUCAUACAGGUAUAUACAUGAUUUAUCUCGAUCAAAAUAAUAAUAACAACUUUAUUUCAAGAGGCAACACAGUUAGGCAAGCCCAGUCUUCCCUAUGAGCCUCUAUAAUCAUGUACAUAUUAUAUACAGUUACAAUAAAUCUAUAA